AUGGAUGGGCCGACCCAUUUUGAUCUAUCUACUCUCAACCAUCAGAUCUAUUCUAAUCUAACGGCUAAAAGUUGGAUUUUUUUCUCUUGUAAACAAUUAUUUCCUGUACUCUUUCUCUCUGUCCACUCUUUCCCAAAAAAAUACACCGCCAAAAAAAUUCUCUCCGCCGCGGGCUCCAUCGCCGCAACUGCCGUGGUUGUCCACGCCGUCGCCAACGACCUCCUCCCGCCGGAGCUCCACGACCACAUUUUAUCCGGCAUCCGCCGCCUCCUCUCCGCCUUCUCCAACCAGCUCACUACGGUCAUCUACGAGUUCGACGGCCUCGACCCCAACGACAUCUACCAGGCCGCCGAGGCCUACCUCGGCCCGAAACUCUGCUUGAACGCCCCAAUUGGGAAAGAAGGGGUGGAAGAGUUUGUGAAGAAGGAUCUCGAGGGGCUGACCGAGUAUGAGAGUAAGGGAUUAGAGGAGCUCAAGCCGGAGCUUAAGCCGAAUAUUGAGAAAGGGGUGGAUUUCGUCAGGAAAGUCGAAACUAUUUUAUUUGUUAUUUGUGUGUGCCAGUGGGGCAGAAUGGGGCGACCUUCGGUGCAAGAUUGCAAGGGACAAACGAAACCUGUGGAGGGGCCGAAUUAUCCGGGCACGAGACCUUCGGGAGAUGAAGUGGUGAAAAGCGUGCUGAACAAGAUGAAAAGACCUGCAUUUUUGCUCGACAUAGUUUUGAUGACUCAGUUGAGAAAAGACGGGCACCCAUCGACAUAUUCUGGCGGAGGACAACUUGACUGCAGCCACUGGUGUCUUGCAGAAUCAGUGAUGUUGAUAUCCCCAAAUCUUCUUCCAAAGUCAUCAGGUGUAAAACUAACUGAAUUUGAACUAGUUCUUGGAGAAAAAACGUACAAUGGCACGAAUAAUAGGAAGCAAGAUCCAGUUAUCUUACAGCUAAACCUCGAAGGGUACAAUGGUUCAGUUCCAGUAAUACUUAUACUUGACAGGAGGCCUCGGCGGCCUGGUAGAUUUCGGUGGGAGGAGGUCGUUGGCGACGGCGCGGACAACCACGGCAGUUGCGGCGAUGAAGCCCGCGGCGGAGAGGAUUUUUUUGGCGGUCUGGGGCUGCUGUUAGUGGGUCACAGCAGCCCCCCCUUACCCCUCUUCCACGUCGUUCGGAUCCUCCCCUUCUCCUUCCUCCGCCCCCCGCGCCUCCGCCUGAAGCUGCCUAGCUUCACCCUCCCGUCCCCCAUGACCGUCUACGCCCUCAUCCUCCUCACCUACUUCAUGGUCGUCUCCGGCGUCGUUUACGACGUCAUCGUCGAGCCCCCGGGCAUCGGAUCCACGCAGGAUCACUUCACCGGGGCGGUCCGGCCCGUCGUCUUCCUCCAGGGCCGGGUCAACGGGCAGUACAUCAUCGAGGGACUCUCGUCCGGGUUCAUGUUUGUGCUCGGCGGGCUGGGCAUCGUGCUACUGGAUCUGGCGCUCGACAAAAAUCGUGCCAAGAGUGUGAAGGAAUCGUAUGCCAUGACCGGGGUCGCGUUCGUAGUUUUCUCCUAUGUUAUGAGUAUGCUCUUUAUUCGCAUUAAGAUCCCUGGAUACCUUCGCUGA